UGUCCAUCGGAUGUUGCUUGGAAUAUUGAAGCGCCUGUAAAGUACAGAAUGGAUUCCUCAUAAAAUGUGUUUCUGUUAUGUUUGCAAUGCACUGAAGAAAGCGUUUCUUGGGAAAUAGCUGUCUAAAACCCUGGUGUCCUGUUUUAUUGCAAAGUGAAGCUUUGAAGAAGGUGUCCACUCCCUGCUGUGCCUUUUCACACCUUUGGAUCAUGAUGGAGCGAAGAAAAGCCUUAACUCUUCCUUUAACUGUUGACAAGGAUAACCUGGUAAAAGACACCAGUGUUGAGAUGGAAAACCCACUCAAAAUCCCCGUCCAAAGUCUGUCAUCAAACUGUGGAAAAUUAGAAAGACAGGUUUCCUGGACUGCAUUUGCGGGAUAUAAACUCAGACAAUGGGAUUCACCACAUAAAAAUGGAUCCAAGCUGUUUGAAAACAGCAUCGCUGCCAUGGAAAGGAGGAAGCCCCGUAUCAUCCUGAAAGAUGUCCUCAAGACAGAACUGGGAAAGGAUCAUUUAGAAAAGAUGAAACGGAGAAGAAAGUUGGAAAUUUAUGAACCCCAGUCGAGUGUAAGGAGAGAGAGCGGACACAGCAAAGAGAAACCCCUGGCCAGCAGAGAAACAAGGUCCUUUCAGAAGUCUGAGGUCAGGACUCCUAAAAACAACAUUUUAACCCCUAAAUGCAACAAGAAGACUCCCCCUUCAUCAUCUCAAAGGUCAAGAGUUAGUAGAAGGUCACAGAAAGCUGAUGGAGAAGAGGAUGGAGAUGAAAACAGAGAAAUUGAAGGGGUGAUGAAAAGCACGGACAAUGGGGAGGAUGAGAAGUUUGCUGAAGUUGUUGACUGCGGGUUGUCGCUAAGCUGGAAGCCUUCAGAGAAUCGAGAAACAUGUGAUGAGUUCUCCCCUGCAAGCAUCAAGGACAGGUUAACUGAUCCAGAGAAAGAAGGACAACACAGUUUGAGGAGGAAAAGGAAAGAACCGCUGACCCAGUGCAACGGAACAACCAGCCCAAAACGCCACCGUGAGAGCGUGCUUCGCCUCUCUGGAGAAGAUGGAAGAAAUCGAGGAAUGGGGUCUACACAAAUCCGUGCUGAAGAAGAAAGCACAGAAAGCAGAGAUCUCGAGAGCGUGGAUCAAACUAUUGUUCAGUUCACUGUGGGAGGAGAAGAUCCGUCAGAAGUUGUGCCCCCGAUUGUGACUUGUAAUUUGGAGGCCGGAGACAUACUUGCAACUACAAACCAGGACAGCGCAACAAAAACCAAGCCUUCUGAACCCAUUGUGCUGUCCAGUGAUGAUGAGGAGGGCAACGAGGUCCGCCAGCGCCGCAGCUCCACAGUACACACACUGGUCUCUAUGAAGGACUCAGUAAUGCAGCGACAAACCUCUAAAGAAGCUGUGAUGAAACAGCAAGAAGAUUCAGAGUUACCUGGCAUGCCAGACAUGCAGGUGCUGAGUGUAAUAGUUGACGAUCCUCCCGGUUCAGUCUCUGUCACCCCACCUCAUGGCCUCUCCCUAAUGAAUGUGAGCUUCUCCACCCUGCACUGUGGAGGUUACAUGGGGAAAUCCAAUGGAGAUGUUAUGAUAACAGAGCACAACAUCAUCCUCCCCCUGACAGACACCAGUGAACAGGUUGAGUUGAUGCUGAUGUUUAAGCGUGACGAUCUGAAGAGGUACAGCAUUUGGGAGCACCAAGAACUAGAAGUUGAGGGGCUUUACUUUAGUGAUGGAGAAGACCCCUUUCCUGCUGCUUUCCUUCUGUUUUGUGUGUCAGAGAACAGUGCCUCUGAUAUACAGAGGGACCUCGUCCGGCUGGGUGUCAAACAAGAUGGAAACGGAAACAGUGGUAAGGCGAGUCCCUUCAUCCUGAUUACUCUCAGAGACCCUCUGGAGGGAAUCAAGGAAGCUUUAUUGCGGUCUUUCUUGGAAAUGGACUGUCUCAAGGGUCUUACAGAUCUAAAACCAGUUGUUCCUCAGAGUAUAGAGAGCUUCACUGAUGACUUUCAGACUCCUGCUCUCACUCUGGAUGAAAGCAUAGAACUGAUUAGUAGGACUGGUCGUGACUCUUACCUGCUCUCUCUGCUGGGUCUGGAGAGCAAUGACCCCGGUCUCAACACAGACCGGGAUGUUUCACAUUGUGAUGUGGCUGAAAGCAUAGCACAAGUAAUCCAGCUGGAGGACAGUUCACAGAAAGAGGAAGCACCAGAGCUGGACACAGUGGCGGACAGCAUCACAGGGACAGAACUUAAACCAGAGGAGGAACAGAAGGAUCCAGAGCCGGCAUCUCCCUCUGAUAAGAAAAAGGAGAACACCACUCCUGUAUACACUCUGUGCCAUCGAAGAACCACAGGAUCCUACUCCGUGUCUCUUUGUCGACCGGACCCCAGCUGGACUAAAUAUAAACAUCAGGGCAUUGCUCGCAGGUUGAUCCAGUUUCCUCCUCCGCCAUUAAAGGGUGGGAUCACUGUGACAAUGGAGGACCUGCAGUGCCUUGACAGUGGACAGUUCCUCAAUGAUGUCAUCAUUGAUUUUUACCUCAAAUACCUCCUCCAAAACUCCUCUGAGGCUUUAGCUGAGCGCUGCCACAUCUUCAGUAGCUUCUUCUACAAACAGCUGACCCGGAGGGACAAUGCAAGUGAGGGCGUCACCAAUGAUACAUGUCAGAGACAGAGGCGACACCAACGCGUAAAAACAUGGACACGACAUGUAGAUAUCUUCAAAAAGGACUUCUUGUUUGUGCCUGUCAAUCAGGAGGCUCAUUGGUAUUUAGUCGUCAUUUGCUUUCCUGGACUAGAGGAGCCAAAAUUGGAGGCAUGGAACAGUCUAAACACAAACAAUGGAAGUAGCAAUGGUGUGGCUGGAGAGUUACAGGACCAAGAGCAGGCUCAUGGAUCUAAAAGCUUAAAUGAAAACAACACAGAGAAUCCUCCUACACCGGGCAGCAAUGACACUAAGGACACAGGGACAGAAAAAGCUCCAGAAGAAUCCACCAAAGAUCAGCCACCUGGUCCAGUGGAUUGCACAGAGAAGACCUGCCAGAAGAAAACUGUUUGUAAGAGGCCGUGUAUUCUUAUCAUGGAUUCCCUUAAACUUUCUCUCCAUGAACGAGUCUUCAAACUAUUAAGAGAAUACUUGCAGUCAGAAUGGGAAGUACGUCGUGGUUCAUCACGUGAAUUUGGUCCUGACCAGAUGCAAAGCUCACACUGCAAAGUUCCCCUUCAGGACAACAGCAGCGACUGUGGCCUCUACCUUCUGCAGUAUGUCGAGAGUUUUUUGAAGGACCCCGUGGUGCAUUUUGACCUCCCUCUACAUCUAGAACGCUGGUUCCCACGGCAGCAGGUGCGGAGGAAAAGGGACGAUAUUAGAGAUCUGAUACUUCAUCUCUUCAGAAAACAAAACCUGAAUGCUAACAGAUAAACGCACGAAGACACUCUGUUCAGUGCAUCACAUUCCUGUAGCCAUUAUAAAUCUGCUCAUACUGAGUGACGGACAUUUCAGAGUGAAAUGAAAAUACUUCCUUUAUACAAGAUGCUGUUGUCUAUUACCUUAGGGAAAUAUGUAAACUCUCACCAUUCUGUGGGUUCUGUGAGUGAAGAAGAAAUUAUAGAUUGUAAUUAACAGGGUGGACUCCUUUCGAUAAGAAAGAGUCCCGGAUUAGAUCAAAACUAGACAUGUUGUACACCUCAUGUACAAUGUUUGUACACCCUCUGGCUUUUUACUGAUUGUUUUAAUGCUAUAAUAUUUUAUAAAAGCAUUUUUGUAUUUAAUUUUUUUUUUACAUUGAUGUGGAAGAAAAAUAAUUUAAGCAUAAAACAGUAAAACCUAGUUUGAACAGCAGAUUGUAAAUUGAUAAAUUGCUUCAGUGGUUUAAUUGCUUUGCUAACAUUUCAAAUUAUGUGAGAUUGAAAAGUUCAGUCUCAUUUAAGGGUUUUCCAUUCAAAAGUGGCUUUUAAUGCCUCAAAUAAAUACUCCUUUUUUGGAAUUACUAAAUCCCUAAAACACUUCAUCUUUAACAAAGCCGCAUGAUGGAGUUUUUUUCUUUAAUGACAAUGACACCAUAAAGUUUUGAAGCUAACAUACUUAUCGUUAAGCUGUGAUUUUCCAGAGUACCAAAUUAUGGGGGUUAAAGCAGAAAACUUGACUUUUUUUUUUCACCUUUUAAGCCUGGAGAUUUUUCAAAUUUUAAGAGAAAACCACGCAUGAUGACAAAAUUAACCAUUUUGUUCUUAUAGUGUGUGGUAGGGAACAAGAUAAUAAGCACAGCACAUCACAAACUAAGAAUGCAGCCCCGCUGAACAUGUCCAAACUGCAAUCAGACGGAACAUCCCAUCUCUGUUGUCUUCAAUUUUUACUUAAUUUAGGUGUCUUUUCAUUAACAAGUGAACUUCACAAAGUGUAGGUACUAAACAGCAAACCAACAUUUAAUUUUUGUGGAUGUACUUCACAUAUUGAGAGCAGAAAAGCUGUUUUUUUUGGAAGAUUAUUUUAUGGCUUUAUUUAGAUUGGACAGCUGAAGCGGGACAGGAAAUAUGGGGAGAGAGUGGUGGGAAGACAUGCACCAAAUGAUGCAGGGACUGGGAAUCAAUCCUGCAACCAGUGUUUUGAGGACUGCAGCCUCAAUGGGUGCCUACUCUACCCACUGAGCAAAACCAGAGCCCAGAAAAGCUGUUUUAAAAGUGCACAUAUUCUGGCUUGUGCCUCUGAUGCAAGCUAUAGGGUGCGAGGCCAGACGUUGUCCACACACAUUUUCAAAUUAAUACACAAAAAUGAAACGCUGGUUUGCUGUAUAGUGCCUAAACUUUAUGGAAUUCAGUGUUAUAGAAAAAACUCAACAAGUAAGCAAUGGAGUUGGGCGGAGCACAGGGCUCCGUCAAAUUGCCACUUGGACUUAUUCAGUUGGGCUCCACUCUCAAAACUCCAAAUCCCACACAGUCAAAUACAACUUUAGGGUGAAGAAGCUAGAUGUGGCUAGCUGUUAGCUACCUACAUCCAUUCUGGUAGCAAUUUCAUCCCGCUCCCACCUUUGUCAAUUUGAGUAAAGUAUGCUAUGCACUAAACAUUGUGUUGCCACAAACCAACAAGUUGGUCUGCUUUUCUGACGUCCAUUUAACUUCUGCCUCUUGUUUACUAUCAUGGCUGUGUUUGUUGUGCUUCCUCCUUUGGUCUGAUAGGUUAUCACUCCGUUCCACCUAACAGUCCUGCUUGUGUCCUCAGAGUUCCACAAGUUUUCUGAUUGUAAAUAUUGGACAUGUGAAUCAUUGAGGAUCUCAAAUCCAUUUCUGCGUCCUCCUAGAAGAUCAGAGGGGGAAAUACCACUCUUAACACAUCACACUCUUUUGGAAAACCUGGAGGGAUAUUCUUUAGAAACAUGCGAUACCUGGGCCUUUGCUGUCUUUGGUUUGCAGGGGGGAAUCUGACCCAAAAUUGCACGAUUAUCAAUGCCAGGCUUAACACUGAAAAGGAUUGAAAAAAUCUACAGGUAAAAGUUAAGCCAGUCCAAUAUAAUCUAAAAAACAUUAAGUGCAGUUUGACAGAGGCUUGUGUUAGCACUUAACAUAUUGCUAGAUAGUAUAUGUAUAUGUAUAGAUAUGAUGGAACCCCUGAGAGGACGUAAAUCCGUUAAUUGUAUUUUACUCUGUUUUCUCGGGAUGAGCUAUUUCUGUUAUUUUCUCAAGAUUCAGUUUUUUAAAAAUCUCAUUAUCUCAGCAUAGUAACACUGCAUUUCCCUUGUUAAGUUAUUUUCAGAUCUUUUCUCAGAAUUUCAAGAAGGACACUCAUUAUUGGGAAAACCAGAGUUCUCAGACCAAGACGACGAGAUAAACAAUUUAAAACUGACAUAAUGAAAUAAAAGAAUGGAUCAAUGUCUACUCAGGACUUCCACAGGAUAUAAAAAUGUGCCUAAACAAGUAAGUAUUCCAGUGCCAGAUAGGAGACAUGAUUAUGGCUUCCAGUCAUUAGUUUUUACACCAAUUUGACCUGUUUGCGUUAUUUUACUUUCAAAUCAUGUAUCCAUGCCUCAUAUUUCCAAACACCUGAUAUUAACUGCCUGCUCAAGUAAGCAGAAGACUGAAUCACAAUAUAAGACUAAUAAAAGAGUUGGAAGACAUUUAUUGCCAUUUUUAUAAUGCAUAUUCUUGCUAUUUCUUCUGAUGCCAGUUUGGCACUAGGUUUUUUUGUAUUUUUGGCAUAGCCAUUUGUUCGUCCAUAUUUGACAUACUGACAUGUAAAAGUUAAGGGGUGCACAUGCAUUAAGUAUAUGUACCAAUCUGACCUCAAGUUUAAAGCCUGCUUAUUGAAGACACAUUACAGUCUGUAACUACUGUUGCCUAGGUUUGCUCAGCAAAGAUAAAUAGCUUUGUAGUUUUUUUCCCUCUUUGUUCAUGUUUGUAUGUCUUUUUAAACAUUUUAUGUUUGGAAUGUUUUUUAGACAUUGUGUUGGACAAAUGUACAGGAGCUGAAUCCAAAAUAUCUUUGGUUUCAAUGUUGUAAUAA